UGGUCAGUGAAACAAGUAUUCAGAGUUGACAGGAUAGAGGCAGAGCCUUCUUUUUUCCGUUGAGCCAGUUGAGAGCACAAACCGUGGGCUUCGUACGCACGACGGGGGGCACAAAUACGUUCAGAGCAAAGACUGCAACAUCAGAGGAUUACUUUAUUCACCUGCCUUCGUUCUCUGUGGAUUUUAUACAGCAAGUUGUUUGUGUCAUUUUUUUCUUAUUUGUGCAAUGGCGCUUGAGAAAUCUCCGCCGUCGUGUGUAAAAUGGCGUUUGUACAGCAGGUCAGUAUGGUCGUUUCUGCUGUUCAUGUGGUGUCUCACUCACAUCGUGUCUGGCCAAAUCAGGUACACAAUUCCAGAGGAGAUGAAAAGGGGAUCACUUAUAGGCAACGUAGCUCAAGAUCUUGGUCUGGAUGUGCAAAGACUUCGUUCUGGUCGGGCCCGUAUCGUGACCAGACAAAGCAUCCAGUACACAGAGCUGAAAACAGACAAAGGCAUUUUAGUGGUGAACGAGAGAAUAGACCGAGAGCAGCUUUGUGGAGACGUAACACCGUGCAGCUUCAGCUUUGAGGUGAUUUUAGAAAAUCCUAUGGAGCUGCACCAAGUAACAGUAGAAAUUACGGACAUAAAUGACAACUCUCCGAUGUUUCGAAAGGACGAAAUGAAAUUUGAAAUAAGCGAAUCUGCCACACUGGGAUCUCGCUUCAUCUUACCCGGUGCAGAAGACGCAGAUGUGGGCAGUAAUGGACUCCAGAAGUACAUAUUAACUGCAAACGACGUAUUUGGUUUGAAGCAGCAUUCGAAUCCAGACGGUCGAAAAUAUGCAGAGAUGAUUUUACAAAAACCGUUAGAUCGAGAAAGUGAGCCAAAAAUCUCACUGAAGCUUAUUGCUGUUGACGGUGGAAAUCCGCAUAGAUCUGGUACAGUAAAUAUAGAUAUUACAGUGCUCGAUGUUAAUGACAAUCCUCCCGUUUUCAAUCAGUCUGUCUACAGGGCUACGGUGUCGGAAAAUGCAUUAAAAGGCACCUACAUCACUACAGUGAAUGCAAGUGAUGCAGACAGCGGAUCAAACGGUCUUAUUACAUAUAGAUUUUCAAACGUGAAAGAGCAGGUGACGGAUAUUUUUUAUUUAGAUGAAGUUACUGGAACUGUAACACUCACAGGACAAGUGGAUUAUGAAAAGGAUAAGAAAUAUGAAAUUAUGAUUGAAGCUAUGGACCAAGGAGGUCUGACAGAUUCAAGUAAGGUGCUAAUUGAAAUCGUAGACGUCAAUGAUAACGCACCUGUCAUUAAUGUGAUGUCAUUCUCAAGCCCUGUGCCGGAGGAUUCUCCCUCGGGAACCACGGUGGCAAUAAUUAAUGUGAUUGACGCAGAUUCAGAAAAAAAUGGCCAAGUUACAUGUACAACGGACAGUAUCCUCCCCUUUAAAAUAAAAUCAACAUUACGUAAUUACUUUGCAUUAAUAACAGAUUCACCUUUUGAUAGAGAAGUUGUACCAGAGUAUAAUAUAACUGUAAGGGCCACCGAUUCUGGAUCCCCGCCUUUGUCAAGUACAACAACAUUACGUUUAAAAAUAUCUGAUGUUAAUGACAACGCCCCAUUAUUUGAUAAACGUAACUACGUUGCUCAUCUUACGGAGAACAAUUCUCCUGGUAUGUCCAUAUUUUCCGUUAAAGCACGAGACAUUGACUGGAAUCAAAACGCUAGAGUAUCGUACUUUCUCGAAGAAACACAGAUCAAUGGUAGUCCAACCUCUUCUUACGUCUCCAUAAACACUGAAACUGGAGCUGUUCACGCAGUGCGCUCUUUUGACUAUGAACAAAUCAAACAGCUUCAAUUAAUAGUCAAAGCACAGGAUGGAGGCUCUCCUCCACUCAGCAGCAAUGUGACAGUAAAAAUACUGAUCCAGGACCAGAACGACAACCCUCCUCAGGUUCUGUAUCCAGUCCAGACUGGUGGCUCUGUGGUGGCUGAAAUGGUGCCUCGUUCAGCAGAUGUGGGCUAUCUGGUGACCAAAGUGGUGGCUGUUGAUGUGGACUCUGGACAGAAUGCGUGGCUGUCGUAUAAACUGCAGAAAGCCACAGACAGGGCUCUGUUUGAAGUGGGCUCCCAGAAUGGAGAGAUCCGAACCAUCCGCCAAGUGAGUGACAAAGAUGCAGUGAAACAGAGACUGAGUGUUAUAGUGGAGGACAACGGUCAGCCCUCUCGUUCAGCUACAGUCAUUGUGAACGUGGCGGUGGCGGACAGCUUCCCUGAAGUUCUGUCGGAGUUCAGUGACUUUCCACACGACAAGGAGUACAAUGACAACCUGACUUUUUACUUGGUGUUGGCUCUGGCUGUGGUCUCCUUCCUGUUCAUCACGUGUUUGGUGGUUAUUAUCUCAGUGAAAAUCUACAGAUGGAGACAGUCUCGCAUCCUGUAUCAUUCCAACCUGCCUGUGAUUCCUUAUUAUCCUCCACGUUACUCAGACACUUUGGGGACAACAGGGACUCUCCAACACGUGUACAAUUACGAGGUGUGCAGGACGACAGACUCCAGAAAGAGUGACUGUAAGUUCGGCAGAGCUGGUAGUCAGAACGUGUUGAUCAUGGAUCCCAGUUGUUCAGGGACGAUGCAGCGGAUGCAGAGUGAGAAGAGCAUCCUGGAUGAACCAGACUCUCCUCUAGAGGUCAGUUGUUUCUUCCAUGUGUCCUUUUUUAUUUUACUUUACUCCAUGAGCUGUUGCGCCUAACAACCCUCAUUUUCA